UUGCCACCAUAUAAAAACUCUCACGUGCUCCGCUCCUCAACCUCUCGCCUCCUUCGCCCUUCUUGCUCCUCUGCGUUACACUACUACUUUCGAGUCUCUAGCUCCUCUGUACAAUCAAAAAUUUUGCAGUGAUGUCGGACGAGGAGCACCAAUUUGAGUCAAAGGCAGAUGCCGGUGCAUCUAAAACUUACCCUCAACAAGCUGGUACUAUCCGUAAGAACGGUCAUAUCGUCAUCAAAGGCCGUCCCUGCAAGGUCGUGGAAGUCUCUACAUCCAAAACCGGAAAGCACGGUCAUGCAAAAUGUCAUUUUGUCGCUAUUGACAUCUUCACUGGAAAGAAGCUUGAGGAUAUUGUUCCCUCUUCACACAAUUGUGAUGUGCCCCAUGUUAAUCGUACAGAUUAUCAGCUUAUUGACAUCUCUGAAGAUGGAUUUGUGAGUCUGCUCACUGAGAAUGGUAACACCAAGGAUGACCUUAGGCUUCCUACUGAUGACAGCCUCCUUACACAGAUCAAGGAUGGUUUUGCUGAGGGAAAAGACCUUGUUGUGUCUGUCAUGUCAGCCAUGGGUGAGGAGCAGAUUUGUGCCCUGAAGGAUAUUGGUCCCAAGUAAAUCUCUCAAUUGGCGAUUGUUCGAUGCGAAGUUCGUUACUACCUUAAAAGUUGGAUAGAUAUUAUAGUCAUGGAAAAAGGUAUGGUCUUAUGGACCAACUUGUUCAAGAAUAUUCUUCAGGAUUCUCGGACCAUUGCGAGUUAGAUUUUCGUAUUUUUGUUAUUUUAACUUGUGUUCGUCUGAAUUUUGUUCUACCUUAAAGCUUUUUUCAAAAUUUGGUUACCUGCAGCUG